AUCUUGUGACUGUUUUAACCCAGAGAAGAGGAAGGAGCAGUGGAUGAAUGACAGGCACCAGGCCAGUGGAGCUGCUGCUGCUUUUCUCUUUGACAGUUAUGAAGAAGAGCGAGUUGAGGAGACAACUGUAAAUAAAGCCAGGAGAACAGGGCACACAGCCUGGAGGAAAGUAAUUACCACAGCUCCGUUUCACUCUCCAGCUACUCCAAACACACUUUGUUUGGUGUGUGACUCUAUUCUGUAGACGGCUAGCACUCACACACACACACACACACACCAGGAGCUGUGAUAGUGUUGGACAGCUGGGAGGAAGCCGGGAUGGAUGUUGGUUUCUCUGCUCUGCGCUCGGAGGCGGUGGGAGCCAUGAGGACGGCGCUGGUGUCUGCUGAGAACCUACAGCUCACUCUGAAGACGGAGCUGAGUCAGGAGGAGCAGGCCCUCACACUCAGCAGGAGUAGCCCCAAGGAGGCGCAGAAAGCCGGGAAUGAAGACCUGAAAGAGAUGCUGGAGAGCAACAAGGAGUCGCUCAAACUGGAGGCCAUGAAAAGAGUUGUUGGGCUGAUUGCCAAAGGGAAAAAUGCCUCAGAGCUGUUUCCUGCUGUUGUGAAGAACGUUGCCAGUAAGAACAUCGAGUUUAAGAAGCUUGUGUAUGUUUACCUGGUGAGGUAUGCAGAGGAGCAGCAGGACCUGGCUCUGCUCUCCAUCAGCACCUUCCAGAGAGCCCUCAAGGAUCCGAACCAGUUCAUCCGAGCCAGCGCGCUGAGGGUCCUGUCCAGUAUCCGGGUCCCCAUCAUAGUCCCCAUCAUGAUGCUGGCCAUCAAGGAGGCUGCCAGCGACCUGUCCCCCUACGUCAGGAAGACCUCGGCCCACGCCAUCCAGAAGCUCUACAGCCUGGAUCCAGAACAGAAGGAACAGCUGAUCGAAGUGAUCGAGAAGCUGUUGAAAGACAAAAGCACACUGGUGGCGGGCAGCGUGGUCAUGGCGUUUGAGGAGGUUUGUCCCGAUCGCAUCGAUCUGAUCCACAAGAACUACAGGAAGCUGUGCAACCUGCUGGUGGACGUGGAGGAGUGGGGCCAGGUGGUCAUCAUCUCCAUGCUGACGCGCUACGCCAGGACGCAGUUCACCAGCCCCUGGACGGAGGGCGCCAUUUUUGAUGAGAACAACGAGAAGACGUUCUACGACUCUGACUCUGAGGAGAAGAAAGACCAGACGGAGGUCAAAGCUUACAUCAUGGAUCCAGAUCACAGGCUGCUGCUGAGGAACACCAAGCCGCUGCUGCAGAGCAGGAACACCGCCGUGGUGAUGUCUGUGGCUCAGCUCUAUUGGCACUUGGCCCCAAAACAUGAAGUCAACAUCGUCACUAAAUCUCUGGUUCGACUCCUGAGGAGCCACAGAGAGGUUCAGUACAUCGUGCUGCAGAAUAUCGCCACCAUGUCCAUCCAGAGGAAGGGGAUGUUUGAGCCCUUCAUGAAGAGUUUCUAUGUGAGAUCUACAGAUGCCACACACAUCAAAACACUGAAGCUGGAGAUCCUGACCAACCUGGCCAACGAAGCCAACAUCUCCACUAUUCUGAGGGAGUUUCAGACGUAUGUGAAGAGCCAGGACAAGGCGUUUGCCGCCGCCACCAUCCAGGCCAUCGGCCGCUGUGCCACCAACAUCACCGAGGUGACGGACACCUGCCUCAACGGGCUGGUGCUGCUGCUCUCCAACAGAGACGAGACGGUGGUGGCGGAGAGCGUGGUGGUGAUCAAGAAGCUGCUGCAGACUCAGCCCACGCAGCACAGCGACAUCAUCAAACACAUGGCCAAGCUCUUCGACAACAUCACCGUCCCGAUGGCCCGGGCCAGCAUCCUGUGGCUGAUGGGAGAAUACUGUGAGCGGGUGCCAAAGAUUGCUCCUGAUGUUCUCCGUAAGAUGGCGAAGACUUUCACAGCAGAGGAGGACAUCGUCAAGCUGCAGACGGUCAACCUGGCAGCUAAACUCUACCUGACCAACUCCAAGCAGACCAAGCUGCUGACCCAGUACAUCCUGAAUCUGGGUAAAUACGACCAGAACUACGACAUCAGAGACCGGACGCGCUUCAUCCGGCAGCUCAUCGUGCCCAACGAGAAGAGCGGCGCCCUCAACAAGUACGCUCGCCGCAUCCUGCUGGCGCCCAAACCGGCCCCGGUGCUGGAGUCCGCCUUCAAAGAUCGGGACCGUUACCAGCUGGGCACUCUCUCCCACAGCCUCAACACUAAAGCUACUGGUUACCAGGAGCUGUCGGACUGGCCAGCCGUGGCUCCGGACCAGUCUGUGAGGAACGUGGAGGUCAUUGAACCAGUGCAGGAGUGGGCUCCGCUGGUCGGGAAGACCAAGAAAAAGAAAAAUGAUGACAAGUUCUUCUCUGACGACGAAGAGGAGAAAGAAGAGGAGGAAGGAUCUGAGAGCAGCGGCAGUGAAGACAGCAGCAGCAGCAGCAGCAGCAGCAGCAGCAGCAGCGGGGAAGAGUCGGGCAGUGGCAGUGAGGAGGAGAGCAGCGAAGCGUCGGUGAAAACCUCCAGUGAUUCUGGGAAGAGCUCCAGUCAAUCUGAAUCUGAACAGAAGAAGAAGAAGAAGACCAAGAAGGCACCACAGAAGAAGAGCCAGCCAGCUGCUUUCAGUGACUCGGAUGAAAACGGGAACGGACCUGCAGCCAGCAGCUCGUCAGCUGGAAGCUCCUCCUCCUCCUCCUCUUCCUCAGACUCCGAGGACGACUCGGACUCAGACGCCCCACAAACACAACCCAAGAAGAGGAGCGACGUGAAGUCUAAACCCAAGGUGGAAGUGAAGUCCAAGGCGGAAGUUUCUUUACUGGAUCUUGAUGACUUUUCACCUGCAGCCACAAACGCACCAAAGUCUUCAGUCAUCUCUUCCAGUCUGCUGUCGGACCUGGAGGGCCUCUCGCUCUCCAACAUCUCCUCCACCAUGCAGGUCACCACUCCAUCCUUCGGCCCUGUGAAAACCUACGAGCUGCUUCACCACAUGACGGGUAAAGGUCUGGCGGCCAAGUACCAUUUCCCCCGGCAGCCCUGUCUGUACCAGCCCAGCAUGGUGUCAGUGCAGCUCAUCCUGACCAACAGCUCCGACCACAGCCUGGAGGAGGUCCACAUAGGAGACCGGAGCCCCGCAGGCCUCCACAUCCACUGCUUCAACACCAUCGAGCGUCUGGAGCCAGAGGCCUCUGUGACGGUUUCCAUGGGUAUUGACUUCAGCGACUCGACACAAGCAGCCAACUUCCAGUUGUGCACUAAGGAGGACCAGUUCAGCGUGUCCAUCCAGCCGGCGGUGGGAGAGCUGCUGAUGCCCAGCAGCAUGACGGAGCAGGACUUCAGCAAGGAGCAAGGUAAACUGCUGGGCAUGAAUGAGACCUCAGCCACCGUCACCAUGGCAACAGCCAACAGCUCCAGGCAGGCCGUCAGCCAGCAGGUCCUGUCUGUUGCUAACCUGGGAGAGGUGUCCUCCAGCCAGAGCAGCUUCCACAGGUUUGCUGGGCGGACGGUGAGCAGCGCGGCGCUGGUCCUGGUGUCUCUGGAGCUGAAGGAGUCUUCCUCCGCCUUCCUCACCAUCAACACAGAGAAGAGCGUCAUGGCGUCCAUGUUGCUCCGAGACCUGAAACAAGCCCUGGCCCAGGCCUAGAGCCCCCCCUCCUCCUCCCUUUAGUGAAGGUAAAGGGGAGCAGCUCUUCAUCCAGGACUUCAUGUUUUAUUUCUCUGGUUCAGGCUCUACUGGCAAACACUCGGCACUUUCUUUAGCUUGUCACUCUCUGAGAAUAAACUGGAAACUUAUUUUUAUGGUUUGUGGAUUUGGAAAUCCAAUCCAAAUUGUCCUGAAUCACAGAAAUAACUUAGUGAAAGUCUUGAAUAAAGUGAUGAUCCGCCUUUAAAAGCACACAGAAGGCAUCACAGAAGUAAUUUAAAAUGUUCUCCUUUAUAAGUCACUCCUCAACUCGACACUACUCCAUCCAAUCAUGUCAGAACCACCUGGUCACUUACCUCACCGGGGCUGUUUUAAUCUCAUGCCAAUCAUGAGAAAUGUUAUUAUGGACAAACAGCUGCACACACAUUUUGGGAGAAUAUUUGCUGCCUUACUCACAGAGCGACAGGCCGAUUGUCUGUUCCUCUUCAAUGUUUAUUCAGAUGAAGAUGCUCCACUAAAGCAUCCAUGUGUUUGCAUUGAUGGACUUUUUCCUUUAGUGCCUUUAGAAAAAGAGAAAAUGAGGAUUUCUCCUCUCAUGACAUGAAACAUCUCUGGAAGCUGCUGCAGCACCAACCAGCUUCUUCUCCUGAAGCUGUUUUACAUUCCUCCUUCCCCCCAACCCCCUAAAAUCACAUCUAAAGUGCCUUCUAUGUGAACAUAAUGUCAUUUAGGAAACCAAACAUAUACGUUAGACUUAAAAUCAACGAGGUCUUUUUAUUUGUAUCGCGUUUGCUGAACAAUAAAAAGUGAAUUUAUUAAAAACAAUAAACAUUUUAUGUGUUUGUG